AUGACACCGAUGCUCACCGACAGCGCUCCGGUGCAGAUGGACCGACAGAGAUCCAAAGAUGUAAAACUGCAGAUGCCGUGCCAAGUAGAAUCCGCGUCACCGGAGCUCUACAAGCGCUUCUUCGCCAAUGCCCCUUCGGGCCAAGACUUCUUCAAGCAGUCAACGACACGGCUGUACUUCUUGGCGGACCGAGUUGUCGAGAUGACUGUGGAGAUGUAUCGCGAGCCCAGGAAGAUGGUGCAAGAAAUCUCGGGGCUCGGCCUUCGACACGUCGGUUGGGGUAUCCCUCCGGAACUCUUUUCCCCGUACUGCUCUGGCGCGGUGGAUACGAUUCGAGCCCUGACUCCAGACGAGAACGCGCAAGCCGCCUUUCGUUUCUCUCUCUCGCUCAUUGCGAAGAUCCUAGUCCGGGCUGUCACCGAGGGAUCCACUCUCGUGAUGAGAGCGAUUAACACCAAUCAGGAAGCUUCGCUGAAGAAGGCCAUCUCCAUCGCCCCGCGAGGUAGACGGGCAAUGGAGCUGCUAAACAUUUCUGUGGGCACCCAGUCCAUCUCCCCCCUUUUCUGGUCCAUCGAGAGUGGCAGCUUGAACAGCGCCCGUGCGAUGCUCGUGGACCUCCUGACGAUCCGAGCGGACCGUGAUGUGUACUACUAUGGCUGUGAUGCCAUGUUCACGCGGCAUCCGGACCUGAUCUUGCGCUUGUGCAGCGAUGCAUCGACGUUGCUGUGGACCUUGUUUGAUGGCCUCGUUUGGCGGUCGAGGCUAGUGCAGAACGGCCAGCGCCGUGUCAACUACUACAUCAAGCAUUUGGUCCAAGAUGUGGAGGGCAACUUCAGUCAAGCCCUGAAAUGGCUCGCGCACCACAAGGAUCCGCGGCUUGUCAGCCACGGCGUGGUCGUGACCUUCGCAGAUCUUUUGUGGAACCGCCUAGCCUCCUUCCAGUUCCUGCUGGGGAGAGGCUACUUCCUUUUCACGCUGAUCGUCUUCAUCACUAGCCAGUCGCUGUUGAUACCAGGGGAAGAAUCCCUGGGAAAGAACAUCGCCACGUUCGUGUGCCGCUGCUUCCUGUACCUAGGGAGCAUGAGCAAGCUGGUCUUCGAUCACUGCAAGACCUUCUGCGGAGCGCUGAAGGCCGGCGACUACCACUGGUACUGGAUCCUGCCGGUGCCAACAUACUUGCACAGCACCCAGCAGGUGGGCGGCCUACUUCUCGUGCUGCUGCUGAUUCUCAUGUACGUGCAGGAGCCUGUUCUUUGGUGCAUCGCUUUCGGCGACAAUGGGCCGACCUCCAUCCCUUUGAGCGCCACAUGCGAAGAGGCGAACGAUGUGAGGACCAGCUACUCGAUGUGCUCCUGCUUGGCCAUGAUGAUGUACUGGGCGUUGCUCAUGGACUUCACCCUUCUCUCCAUGCGCAUUUCAGCCUUUGUGCUGGUCACCCUGGCCUGA